AUGGCUUUCAGAGCCACCCCUGGCCCGACGCCGCCGGGCCCCGCACCCGGGAUGCCCUCGGCCAGCUUCCCCAGCCCGCAGGCCCCAAUGCCGGGGCCUCGAGGUCUCGAGGAAGAGGAGGAGGACGAGGAGCCGGCCGAGGUCCACCUGUGCGUGCUGUGGAGUUCGGGCUCUCUGGGCAUUGCUUACUAUGACACUAGUGACUCCACUGUCCACUUCAUGCCAGAUGCCCCAGACCACGAGAGCCUGAAGCUUCUCCAGAGAGUUCUGGAUGAAGUCAACCCCCGGUCUGUCAUUACAAGUGCCAAACAAGAUGAGACUAUGGCUCGGUUUCUGGGGAAGCUUGCCUCCCAGGAGCAGAGAGAGCCAAAGAGACCCGAAAUCGUACUUUUGCCUAGCGUGGAUUUUGGUCCAGAGAUAAGCAAACAGCGUCUCCUUUCUGGAAACUACUCCUUCAUCCCAGAGUCUAUGACUGCUACUGAGAAAAUCCUUUUCCUCUCUUCCAUUAUUCCCUUUGACUGUGUUCUCACGGUCCGGGCACUUGGAGGACUGCUCAAGUUCCUGAGUCGGAGAAGAGUUGGGGUCGAACUGGAAGAUUAUAACGUCAGCGUACCUAUCCUGGGAUUUAAGAAGUUUGUAUUGACCCAUCUGGUGAGCAUAGAUCAAGACACUUACAGCGUUCUGCAGAUCUUCAAGAGCGAGUCUCACCCCUCCGUGUACAAAGUAGCCAGCGGACUGAAGGAAGGGCUCAGCCUCUUUGGAAUCCUCAACAGAUGCCGCUCUAAGUGGGGACAGAAGCUGCUCAGGCUAUGGUUUACCCGUCCAACUCAGGAGCUAAGAGAACUCAAUUCCCGUCUGGAUGUCAUUCAGUUUUUCCUGAUGCCUCAGAAUGUGAACACGGCUCAGAUGAUGCAUCGUCUCCUGAGCCACAUCAAGAACGUGCCUCUGAUUCUGAAGCGCAUGAAGCUGUCCCACACCAAGGUCAGUGACUGGCAAGUCCUCUACAAGACUGUGUACAGUGCCCUGGGCCUGAGGGAUGCCUGCCGCUCCCUGCCCCAGUCCAUCCAGCUUUUUCGGGACAUUGCCCAGGAGUUCUCCGAUGACCUGCACCACGUCGCCAGCCUCAUUGGGAAAGUGGUAAACUUUGAGGAGAGUCUUGCUGAAAACCGCUUCACGGUCCUCCCGAACAUCGAUCCUGAGAUAGACGCGAAAAAACGAAGGCUGAUGGGCCUUCCGAGUUUCCUCACCGAGGUUGCUCAGAAGGAGCUGGAGAAUCUGGACGCCCGCAUUCCUUCCUGUAGUGUCAUCUACAUCCCUCUGAUUGGCUUCCUUCUUUCCAUUCCCCGCUUGCCUUUUAUGGUGGAGACCAGUGACUUUGAGAUUGAGGGACUAGACUUCAUGUUUCUCUCAGAGGACAAGCUGCACUACCGCAGCACGCGAACCAAGGAGCUGGACGCACUGCUGGGGGACCUGCACUGCGAGAUCCGGGACCAGGAGACCCUGCUGAUGUACCAGUUGCAGUGCCAGGUGCUGGCGCGGGCGUCUGUCUUGACGCGGGUACUGGACCUUGCCUCUCGCCUUGAUGUCCUACUGGCUCUUGCCAGUGCUGCCCGGGACUAUGGCUACUCAAGACCCCACUACUCUCCCCGAAUCCACGGGGUACAAAUCAAGAAUGGCAGGCAUCCUCUGAUGGAACUGUGUGCACGAACCUUUGUGCCCAACUCCACAGACUGUGGUGGGGACCAAGGGAGGGUCAAAGUCAUCACUGGACCCAACUCCUCAGGGAAAAGCAUAUACCUCAAACAGGUAGGCUUGAUCACGUUUAUGGCCCUGGUGGGCAGCUUUGUGCCAGCAGAGGAGGCUGAAAUUGGAAUAAUCGAUGCCAUCUUCACCCAAAUUCAUAGCUGUGAAUCCAUCUCCCUCGGUCUCUCCACCUUCAUGAUUGACCUCAACCAGGUGGCGAAAGCCGUGAACAAUGCCACCCAGCAGUCCCUGGUCCUCAUUGAUGAAUUUGGGAAGGGAACCAAUACGGUGGACGGGCUGGCACUUCUGGCUGCUGUGCUCCGGCACUGGCUAGCCCUGGGACCCAGCUGCCCCCACAUCUUUGUGGCCACCAACUUCCUGAGCCUGGUUCAGCUGCAGCUGCUGCCACAAGGACCCCUAGUGCAGUACUUGACCAUGGAGACCUGUGAGGACGAGGACGACCUUGUCUUCUUCUACCAGCUUUGCCAAGGUGUUGCCAGUGCCAGCCAUGCCUCCUACACAGCUGCCCAGGCCGGACUUCCUGACCAGCUCGUUGCUCGUGGCAAAGAGGUCUCAGACCUGAUCCGCAGUGGGAAACCUAUCAAACCUGUAAAUGAGCUUUUGAGGAGGAACCAGAUGGAAAAUUGCCAGGCACUGGUGACUAAGUUUCUGAAGCUGGAUCUGGAAGAUCCCACCCUGGACCUGGGCAUCUUCAUGAGUCAGGAAGUGUUACCAGCGGCCACCACCAUCCUUUGA